GCCCCGGACACGGCUGCCGCUGCCGCUUCCAAACCGGCACCAGCAGCCAGCGAACAGGCCUCAGCAGCCAACAAGCAACCUCAAGCACCUGUGGAGGCAUUGAGCGCUCCGUCGACUCCACAACAGCAGAGCUCAGCUGAGGGUCGCCAGUCCUCCACCUCAAAUAGUGCCCAACGACGCAACAAAGGCCGCCAGUCCUCUCGCAAGCAACACGGCCGACACAAGCAGCAGCAACAGGGGCAGGGGUCUGACAACGGCGAGGGUCGGGGAGAGCACACCCCUCAAUCGCAACACAACCAGGGCAAAGGCCGCAAGCAAAACAACGCCAACGGUCCCAGGGACUCACCUGCUGGAUCCAAGGGCGGGCGCAACCCACGCACCCCACGUACUCCCAAAACGCCACGCCAGAACCAGCACCCUGGCAAUCGUACCCCACACUCCAGGGGCUCGCACCAGUCUCGCAGUCCGUACAACUCGCCCUCGUCUUCAUUCCGCAAGUUUGAUGAAUACUGGUCGCCCGAGGAUGUCGCCAAGGGCAUUGCCGAUGGAUUCGUCAUUCAGGCGCCACUGCGCGUCAACGCCAAAAACUAUGAAGAAUGCUUUGUCUCCUGCAAACGGUUUCCUCGGGACCUCAUCGUGCCCUCUUUCCAGGCCCG